AUCAAAGCCUUGUCCGUCUUUGUGUGCUUGCGACCACGUUAAUACUUGCCCGCCGAAUCGGCAUUGCAGUCGCCGCCCGAAGCGAUCUCUUCCCAAGGUUACCACGACCCUUACACAAAGCCUUAUCUUGCCCUCACCCUACCUGGCCAAACUCCAGGUGACAAACGCCCGGAACCUUCGCGCCUUGGCUUUGUUUGCGUUUUAUAUACGAACCGACUACCCUUCCGAACAUCGCAGCCAACCUCAACAGGUCAUAACAGUAGCAUCAUCAUUAUCACCGUUGUCGUUAUUUCCAGGCUCGUCUAGCUUUUCCUUGCCCCGCCUUCACCCACGCCCAAAAGGACACACGAAUGCAAAGGACCGUCGUUACCAUCAACAGCAAUGGCCGCCAAUCGGCGAGCUUCAUUCGUGUGGCUGCCGCAUUGGGGUGGCAGGUGCGAGCACAGAUGCGAGACCUCAACGGCAUAGUCGCGCGGGAACUUUCAGAGCUCGACAAUGUCACCGUCUACAUUGGAGCGCUAGAGGACAAGAAAUUUCUCGACGAUUUGUUCAAGAGUGCGCAGUGCGCUUUCAUCAAUACUACGCACUGGGGAGACGAGGUUGCGAUUGGUCGAUCGCUAGCCGAUGCCGCAAAGAAAGCUGGAAUCCAACACUACAUCUACUCAAGCAUGCCCGAUCACUCCGUCUUUGGCAACGGCUGGAGGGCGCUACCGCUCUGGGCGCCAAAAUUCACCGUUGAGCAGUAUGUCCGCCAGAUUGGGCUGCCCGCCACCUUCGUAUAUUGCGGCAUUUACCACAACAACUUCACCGGCCUCGAUUUUCCCCUCUUCCGCAUGGAGCACCAGUACGACGGAAGUUUUGUUUGGCAAGCCCCUUUCCACCCCGAUCAACCUCUGCCUUGGCUAGACUCGGAACACGACAUAGGGCCAGCUAUUUACCAGCUAUUUAAGGAAGGUCCACGAAAGUGGAACGGCAAACGGUAA